UACUGUGUUAGCUAGUAAGUAGAAAACCUGCUGUGUAAUACUAGCAGGCUUUUAGUGUAACGUUAACGUUGACAACGACUGUGAAAUUAAGGGGGAUCAACAAUGCCUGACUACUUGGGAGACGACCAGCGUAAAUUGAGAAAAGAGGAGGAAAAGGAGGACAAACCUAUCAGAGCUUUGGAUGAAGGGGACAUUGCGCUGUUGAAAACAUAUGGCCAGAGCACAUACUCCAGACAGAUCAAGCAGGUGGAGGAUGACAUCCAAAAUCUCCUGAAGAAGAUCAACGAGCUCACAGGCAUUAAGGAAUCUGACACGGGGUUGGCUCCUCCUGCACUCUGGGAUCUGGCUGCAGAUAAGCAGACCUUGCAGAGUGAACAGCCACUACAGGUCGCAAGAUGCACCAAGAUCAUCAACGCGGACUCGGAGGACCCAAAGUACAUCAUCAAUGUGAAGCAGUUCGCCAAGUUUGUGGUGGACCUGAGUGACCAGGUGGCGCCCACCGACAUCGAGGAGGGCAUGAGAGUGGGGGUUGACAGAAACAAGUACCAGAUUCACAUUCCUCUGCCACCGAAAAUCGACCCAACGGUCACCAUGAUGCAGGUGGAGGAGAAGCCUGAUGUGACCUACAGUGAUGUGGGCGGCUGUAAGGAGCAGAUUGAGAAACUGAGGGAGGUGGUGGAGACCCCUCUGCUGCACCCUGAGCGCUUUGUGAACCUGGGCAUUGAGCCUCCUAAGGGCGUGCUGCUGUUCGGCCCGCCUGGUACGGGGAAGACGCUGUGUGCCCGCGCUGUGGCCAACCGCACCGACGCCUGCUUCAUCCGCGUCAUCGGCUCCGAGCUCGUCCAGAAGUACGUCGGAGAGGGUGCCAGGAUGGUGAGGGAGCUGUUUGAGAUGGCCCGGACUAAGAAAGCCUGUCUGAUCUUCUUUGAUGAAAUCGAUGCCAUUGGAGGGGCCCGGUUUGACGACGGUGCCGGAGGCGACAACGAGGUGCAGAGGACCAUGCUGGAGCUGAUCAACCAGCUGGACGGGUUCGACCCGCGCGGCAACAUCAAGGUUCUGAUGGCCACCAACCGGCCCGACACCCUGGACCCCGCCCUCAUGCGGCCCGGACGCCUCGACCGCAAGAUCGAGUUCAGCCUGCCCGACCUGGAGGGCCGGACGCACAUCUUCAAGAUCCACGCGCGCUCCAUGAGUGUGGAGAGGGACAUCCGCUUCGAGCUGCUCGCGCGCCUCUGUCCCAACAGCACUGGUGCUGAGAUUCGUAGUGUGUGUACGGAGGCGGGCAUGUUUGCCAUCCGGGCGCGUCGGAAGAUCGCCACGGAGAAGGACUUCCUGGAGGCGGUGAACAAGGUCAUCAAGUCCUACGCCAAGUUCAGCGCUACUCCACGCUACAUGACCUACAACUAGCCGUGCCACCUCACCCAGCGUGUGUGUGUGUGUCCCGUUUUAAGAUGUUUCGCAACUGUAACGUUUCCUAAAAGAUUGCAUAGAACAAUAAACAUAUUACUUCCCAAA